CUUUGAGGGUUCUAGAGUUGGCAUCGCCACUUGAUAUGUCGAGCUUGACCAUGAAGUGUUCGUCCAAGUCGCAAUGCAUGAUUGAUGGCUGAUGUGUACGUUUCACGGCAUGACGAAGUUUCGAUGGCAUUGGUGGUGUUGGAAUGCAGGUUCACGAGGAACGAUUGGUAUGACAAGCUUUGAGAUGUCCGUUCGGCGUUGGUUAUCGGGUGUUUGGACAGGAAUCGGUGGAUGUAUGCAUGCAUUUGGGUCUCUGGGUCUGGCGUUUGUUUGGUUAAUUCGGUGGAGUAACAUUGCUGUUUACAUACUUGUUCUUGUUUAUAACUUCAGUCGAUACGCGAGCUCUUCUAUGAGCGUAAUGAAACGAUCGCUUUUACUUGUUCAUUCCUUGCCUGCCGUGACGAAGUUUAUCUCCAUCGCCAGGAACUCCAUUGUGUGCCUUGUUGUACAUCUGGAUAAGUGUCCAGCAAUUACCUCUUGAAGCGUGCAGUUAUUACUCAUCGUCAUCUUCCUCGUCCCCAGGCUUCUUCGCACUCUCA